CCCACUCCUCAGCAUGUGAGCCCCCGGCCCCUGGAAUGCUGUGGCUGGCCCUGGGCCCCUUGCGUGCCAUGGAGAACCAGGUGCUGGUGAUUCGCAUCAAGAUUCCCAAUAGUGGCGCGGUGGACUGGACCGUGCACUCGGGGCCGCAGUUACUCUUCAGGGACGUGCUGGAUGUUAUAGGCCAGGUUCUGCCUGAAGCAACGACCACAGCGUUUGAAUACGAAGAUGAAGAUGGUGAUCGAAUUACAGUGAGAAGUGAUGAAGAAAUGAAGGCCAUGCUCUCAUAUUAUUAUUCCACAGUAAUGGAACAGCAAGUAAAUGGACAGUUAAUAGAGCCUCUACAGAUAUUUCCAAGAGCCUGCAAGCCUCCUGGGGAACGGAACAUACAUGGCCUGAAGGUGAAUACCCGGGCCGGGCCCUCUCAGCACAGCAGCCCUGCAAUCUCAGACUCUCUUCCCAGCAAUAGCUUAAAGAAGUCUUCUGCUGAGCUGAAAAAAAUAUUAGCCAAUGGCCAGAUGAAUGAACAAGACAUGCGGUACCGGGACACACUUGGCCAUGGCAACGGAGGCACGGUCUACAAAGCAUAUCAUGUCCCAAGUGGGAAGAUAUUAGCUGUUAAGGUCAUACUCCUAGAUAUUACACUGGAACUUCAGAAGCAAAUUAUGUCUGAAUUGGAAAUUCUUUAUAAGUGUGAUUCAUCAUAUAUCAUAGGGUUUUAUGGUGCAUUUUUUGUAGAAAACAGAAUUUCAAUAUGUACGGAAUUCAUGGAUGGGGGAUCUUUGGAUGUAUAUAGAAAAAUUCCGGAGCAUGUCCUGGGAAGAAUUGCAGUAGCGGUUGUUAAAGGCCUUACCUAUUUGUGGAGUUUAAAGAUUUUACACAGAGAUGUGAAACCCUCCAAUAUGCUCGUGAACACCCGGGGACAGGUCAAACUGUGUGAUUUCGGAGUCAGCACUCAGCUGGUGAAUUCCAUAGCCAAGACGUAUGUUGGAACAAAUGCUUAUAUGGCGCCUGAAAGAAUUUCAGGGGAACAGUAUGGUAUCCAUUCUGAUGUCUGGAGCUUAGGAAUCUCUUUCAUGGAGCUUGCUCUUGGGAGGUUUCCAUAUCCUCAGAUUCAGAAAAACCAGGGAUCUUUAAUGCCUUUCCAGCUUCUGCAGUGCAUUGUUGAUGAGGAUUCGCCAGUCCUUCCGGUUGGCGAGUUCUCCGAGCCAUUUGUACAUUUCAUCACUCAGUGUAUGCGGAAGCAGCCGAAGGAAAGACCCGCCCCAGAGGAACUGAUGGGUCACCCGUUCCUUGUGCAGUUUGACGACGGCAAUGCCACGGUGGUGUCCAUGUGGGUGUGCCGGGCCCUGGAGGAGAGGAGGAGCCAGCAGGGCCCAGCCUGAGCCGCUGCCCGGAACCAGAACCAGCACCGACCCACACAGCCCAGGACCCAGCUGCUACCCACAGCCCAGACUCAGCCAGAAGAACCCACCUGCUC